AUGGUUCUGGCUGACUUAGGAAAGCGUAUCAAUGGCGCAGUUAAUAGCGCACUUUCCAAUACUCAAGACGAUUACGUCGCGGCGGUCGAUGUCAUGUUAAAAUCGAUUGUAACAGCGCUUUUAGAGAGCGAUGUUAACAUCAGAUUGGUAUCCAGUUUGCGUAAUAGCAUCAGAAACACGUUACUGGAAAAUAAAAACCGGAGUAUGGGGAGCAUGCAGACCAAGAAAUUGGUUCAAAAAACGGUUUUUGACGAACUUUGCUCGUUGGUGGACUGUGAAGCGCAGCCCUUCCAGCCAAAAAAGAAGAAGCAAAACGUGAUAAUGUUUGUUGGUCUUCAAGGAUCGGGUAAAACGACGUCGUGUACUAAGUUAGCCGUUUACUACUCGAAAAGAGGGUUCAAAGUUGGUCUUGUUUGUGCGGAUACGUUUAGAGCAGGUGCGUUUGACCAACUCAAACAAAAUGCCAUUAAGGCACGGAUUCCCUUUUAUGGGUCAUAUACCGAUACAAAUCCCGUCAAAGUAGCAGCAGAUGGUGUGUCCAAGUUCAAGAAGGAGAAGUUUGACAUUAUUAUUGUCGAUACCUCUGGUAGGCAUCGUCAAGAAGAAGAGCUUUUUCAAGAAAUGGUUGAGAUUUCGCAAGUUGUCAAACCCAACCAGACCAUCAUGGUUUUGGAUGCGUCAAUUGGUCAAGCUGCUGAGCAGCAAUCCAAAGCGUUCAAAGAUAGCUCGGAUUUUGGUGCCAUAAUUUUGACCAAAAUGGAUGGUCACGCCAAGGGUGGUGGUGCCAUUUCAGCGGUCGCAGCGACAAACACCCCUAUCAUUUUCAUUGGUACCGGUGAACAUGUUCACGAUUUCGAAAAGUUUUCGCCCAAGUCAUUCAUAUCCAAACUAUUGGGAAUAGGAGACAUGGAAAGUUUGUUGGAGCAGUAUAGAACCGUUUCGAACAAAGAAGAUCACGAAGCUACUCUCGAAAACUUGCAAAAGGGCAAAUUCACGUUACUUGACUUUCAAAAGCAAAUGCAAACUAUUAUGAAAAUGGGCCCUCUGUCUAACAUCGCUAACAUGAUUCCUGGUAUGGGCCAAAUGAUGAACCAAAUAAGUGAGGAAGAAACGAGCACAAAAAUGAAAAGAAUGAUUUUUGUUUUAGAUUCCAUGACUAAGAAAGAACUUGAAUCUGACGGACGCAUUUUCACAGAGCAACCGAGUCGUCUUGUGAGAGUAGCACGCGGAUCUGGUGCCACGGUUUUUGACGUUGAAAUGAUUUUGAUGCAGCAACAAAUGAUGGCUAGGAUGGCUCAGACAUCGAGAGCGGCGCAACAAGGUGGAGGAAUGCCUGGAAUGUCUGGCAUGCCCGGCAUGCCCAACAUCCCUGGUAUGCCCAAGAUUUCUCCUGCUAUGAUGCAGCAAGCACAGCAGAGGCUUAAACAGAAUCCUAGUUUGAUGAAGAACAUGAUGAAUAUGUUUGGUGGCGGUGCUGGCGGUGCCGGCGGUGCUGGUAGUCCGGGCGCUGGAUUCCCAGGCAUGGGUGGCAUGGGAGGUAUGCCAAACAUGGAUGACAUGAUGAAAAUGAUGCAAAACCCUCAAAUGCAAGAAAUGGCAAAGCAAUUUGGCAUGGGCAUGUAG